AUGACGUCGGAUGCUGAGUAUCAACAAUUCACAAUCAAUGCUGACUCACCUAAAAUGCCAACUGUCGAACAAAUGAAUUAUUGGCGUUGUCAUACUGCCGAGAUUCAGGAAAACAUGAGAAGCGAAGGCCCUCGAAUCGAACGGCUUGAAUCGGCAACAGAAACACUCGAAAAUAUACAAAAUGCUAUUUUUGAACUAAAUAGCGAUGGAACAUUCGAUCCGUCAUCGUCAUUGGAAGACUCCGACUCAGGUAGUGACAUUGGAAAAAGUCCCAUUGAAGAAAAAUGCGCACAAUAUGAGAUGUUUGAAUCGGAACUAUACGGUGCUAUCCUAGGUAGCUCUGAAAGCAUGAUACAAGACUCUAACAAGUGCUCCACUCUCAAUGAAUCAGACGUCGAUCAGUCAUAG